GCCUGAGCAUUCAUUUACGCACGCUUAAAGGGAAGAACACGUGGUAAAGAUUGAGAAAAAGUUGUGUCUGUUCAAGGCGUAGAGAGAAAAAAGCCGAGCUAGAAGAAGGAGGGCUGACAAUGAUGAUCAGAUUACUCUUUUCCUUCUUCGUCAUCGAGAACACCUGAAUACGCCUAUUCAUACGACAUAAAGAUGGCGUCAAAUAUAGCACAAACAUCAAGACUAGGCCGUAGACUAUUCCAACAGGCUUCAACGAUCAAUCGGGCUUUCAACACUUCAGCAAGUGUUGCAGCAAGUGCAAGCAAACCAAUCACUGAAGAUGCAGAACAGCGCUCUCCAACGGUCCAUUCAUUACCCCGAGUAAACUUUGAAAUCGGUCCUACACAUCAAAAUCGCUAUCUCACAUACUAUAACAACAGUCUCUCGAGAGACUUGCUUUAUAUGACCUAUGAUCAUACUUUGGACACCCGCGAUGCCGCUUCGAUCAAAGCACGUAAUAGUCGUGUAGAACGUGAAUGGGAUCCAUCUUCGCCUUAUUCAAAGAAUAGACCGGAAAGAUCAAACAGGGGAAACAGACUUCUGAUACCUUCAGAAAAAAAGUAUGCCGAACAAGUCGUAGACAUUGAUAGAAUCGUCAUUACAUCAUUCAGCAAAGAUGCAAUCCUAAAUAAAAUGGCACUCAUUCCUUUGGCUGCAAUGUUCCGUGCCAUCACUGGAAAGCCAUUGAUCGAAUCCGACGCCGAUCCUCUUGUAGCCAGCAAUAGAGGAAAGCAUACACUUCCCAAAACAGGCUACGUGCGAAUCCUUCGUGCCAAAUCAAACGUAGCAUCGUUCAAAUUACGCAAAGGCAUGCCAGUUGGUAUUCAAGCAGUUUUACCCCGUAAUUCUGCCUAUGAAUUCUUGGAAGUCUUAAGCACUUUCGUCUUACCCCGUUUACGCAACUUUAAUGGCUUCCCUUUGCCGCCAGCCAGUCAAUCGGCAAACACUGGUGCAGCAGUAGCCGGAACAGUGAGUCUUGGAAUGAAACCAGAUGCAUUAAGUUUGUUCCCUCAAUUGGAAGUCAAUUGGGAUUCAUAUCCUUCCCGUCCACCCGGUUUCCAAAUCGAUUGCAUCACAAACCAACGCGGAAGAGGAGCAACCGAAAAAGCAAGACAACUUUUGAGUGGAUUAGGUAUCCCAUUCACACGCAGAGGUGGUUUCAUGUAAGAAUACAGAUGAAUUUCAGAAAUGUAUAAAUAGGAAUGCAGAAAGCUCUCUUGGAGCCUUUGAUAGUGUACAAAUGUUUUUUUUUCUGGGAUCAUGGUCCGAUAUUUUGCAAAAUCCGC